AUGGCUUUUUGGUGGCUAUCCGAGGACCGAGUCAUCGCCGGUCAACAAAUUGAGGUACGAAAACUCAUCGUUUUGACACCGCCUGCGGUAGCUAUGCCUUCAUGUUGCUGUUUCAAUGCAUCACUGAUCAGAGGCUCUGAAUCUUCACCUCGUAACAUCGCAGAGGCUAUCCAAAGCAGGAUCGAUUGCAGCUCAUCAUACUUCGUGCCAUUGUUCUCGGUCGCCAAGAGUUGGCAGACCCAAUGCGUUACUUUGCUGUAUGAACCAGUAAUGGCUCGGAUAUUUCGACAACCAAUAGGAGCUGAGCUUAUUGUCAACCUCCCACUAUGCUUUCAAGAUGUUCUAGAUGACCCUAGAAAAGGUCGUUCGUCAUUCUUGACCGUUCUGUCCGCUAUCGUAAUUCUACUAGUUACCUUCAUUAUCCUGCGGUCAUGCGUUGACCCUGUGUUCCAAACCGUGCCUUUUUGA